CCCUUCUCUGCUAGCGCCGAGAUGGUGUACAACUGGGGUGAUAAGGAAGCAGAGUGCUAUCAAUUGUAUGUCCGUGAGCGGCGGAGUCUGAGGGAGGUGGCGGCGUACUGGAAGCAGCGCGGGUUCACGCCGAGCAAGCGCGCUUUUCAGACGCAGUUCAAGCGCUGGUGCUUCCCCAGCAAGCAGAGUCCAGCGUAUAAGAAUCCUAUGCUUAUUGCGCGGGUAAAGGAGCUAUGGGAGAAGAAUACGACGCAGAAAGAUAUGCUCGACGUGCUUCAGGUCGAGGGGUUCCAGAUCAGUGAUCGGGAGCUUGUGAGGUUGAGAUCGCGUUUUGGUUGGUUUUUGAGGGAAAACAAGGGGAGGAAGGGCGAUCAUGACGAAUCGACACUGCAGAAGAGAAAGGGGAGUAGGAGUGUGCGGAUGAUGGCAGACGAUAUGAUCGAUCAGCUGGCGGCUGCAAUUUUAGCAGGCGCGAGUGGGGAGGAAGACUCGGAUGAGGAACCUGGCGAGAGAGAGAAGCGUGAGAACGAGGGCUCGCCUGCCAGGCCUGAAGUUACACUGCCACUACCAUCAGAUCCCUUAGACUCAGCGGAGGCACUUCGCCGACAGCUCCGACAGCAACAAUUGCAAACCGAGUCCGACGAGAAGUGGCGUGCACGCAAACGCCGGCGACGAACAAGAGGCUGGGCUGGGCUGCCCGCCGAUGCGCCUGGCGAACCGCCGCGGUUCCCCUCUGAAACCACGCUCGACGAGAGCAAAGCGUACCUGGGCUUGGACAACAGGCUCUACGCCCAGAUACGCGACGAUUUCCAAGCAAUAUGCCGAUCUGAAAGCAUCUUCAAGAAAACCGUUGCCGGGCCCGAGAAGUGGGCGGAGCUCCUGCAACGCCUCGUCCGAGAGAGUCCCCACCUGGAAAAUGUCUUCCAUGAACAGGCGGAAACGCUGCAGCAAAUUGAUGCGCUGUGGAAGCCAAAGAACUACAAAACACUGUCGCUAGACGUGAUAUGUCAGGAUGUGACCAAACGCCUGCGCCACCUGGAAACUCGCAUGACCCUCUCAGAAGCAAAGAACGCGCUCAAUCUGAACCCUACACAGACCCGCGAGGUCAAGCACGCGUUUCACAAAAUUCUUAAAGAAGACCGGUUCGCCAGCAAGUUCGAGGCCGGCGGGGAGCGGUGGAAUCAACUGAAGCAGCGCUGGGUCGAUAGAUCGGAGCCUUUGAAGACCGUAAUCACGCCAUACGACGGAGGCAAGGCUGAGCACGCACAGCGUCUCCGAGCAGUUGAGGUGCUGGCUCGCGACGUGAUGAAGCGGCUGCGGGCUGAGAUUACACGCGUGGAAAAGGAGCAGGCUGGGGAGGCGAGCAGGGCGGCGCAUCGUGGACCAGGGCCUGGUCCCGCACCACCCUCUGCCCCAGUUCAGAACAAAGCAAUACGCAAUACUGUGGCUGGAAACACCAGCUUGAGGCUGAGGCGACCUGCUAAUUUUGACUCACAACAGAAUGGGCAUGACCUCGGUCAUACGGCAGUCCCUCAAAUAGAGCUCGACGCAGACCUCCAAAUCGACCCCUCGCUCCUACUUGCCGCCAGCGACGCCAUCCUCCCCCGCCCGCCAGCCCUCCAUCAUCCCACUCAUGACCACCACGGCGACAUCCCUAGCGCAUACGCCCAUACGCCUACCAAUAAUACCUUCCCGGCUCUUCCCGCCCCCACACCCACCCCAUCUCCACUACUUAUAUACUUCCGCCUCCAUCCUCACAGCGUCACUCCUCUCCCGCACAAGACCGUCUGGCUCAGCAUUGUGAUGACGCCCACCCUCGAGGAGGUUCGACGCCUAGCUGUGCGCGAGCAUCCUGGGAGCGAGGUCGUGGCGCUGGAAGGAGUAGUUGGGACGAAUGGUGGAGAUGGCGAGGUGUGCGUCAGGAUUGACAAUGAUGCGGAAUUGGGGGCAUAUUUGGGGCACGCUUCAGCUGGUGCUGGGGCAAGUGGGGGAGGACAGGGGAAAGCGGUGUUUGUGGUGAGGUUGGGCGUGCGUGGGCAGAGCUAGAGCGUGGUAUGGCCUUGUAUGUCUGGGGGUGGGUAAGAGUGCUGUGUGUAUGGCGAUACUGGCGUCUGUAAUGGAUGGGGAGUUUGUGAAGCAGUGCACUAGUACGCUGGCUAGCCCUAGUACAAACGACGGCAUACUGAUCUUAGGGUAACACACAGAAUUCAACACUGCAUGAACAAAGCUCUCAUCAGUCAUCCCGAUUAUUUACACUGUACUCAAAUAUUACCCUGACACUGUGAGUCACCAUCUCCGCACACUACACGAUGUGGUGGAAACGGAUCAAAAGACUUGGCUGUGCAUCAUAGUGUCCCUCUUCUACGUAGGUUCUGCAGCU